CCAGACACGAUGCACCAUGCACUGCACCGUACACACGUCAGCACAGCACACACACACAUUCACGCACAGCCGAUAAAGGCAGAGAGAGCGGGCGAGGAGGGGAGCAUCAGUUCUCACCUCACCGUACCAUGUGUAUGCAGCUAUCGAUACCUACAAAAACCUUCACACCUACCUACGAGAAAGAGGCCUACUCACUCAUUCAUGCACUUAAUACUCCCACAGAGAGAGAGAGAGAGAGAGAGAUCUCACCGCACCAAGAGCAGUGCCAGCACGCCAGCCAUGAUGGCGGCCGUCGACAGGGCCCCCCGGUGUGUUGCGUCAGCGGUAGCAUCAGCUUCCCUCGCUGCCACCUCCUGCUCUACGUCGUCCUCGAUCUUGGGCAGCUUGCCCUGAACAACACAUGGACAGUGAACACACGAAUCAUGGUCGUGUCCCCCUCGCCCCCUCACAUGCCACGCACCCUUCCGUACCAUUUCGUCCCACCAGCUCCAGCCCCGCAGCCACAGCUCCUGACCAAAGGCACCUGGUGGCCAGCCAAGGGACGCGCACACACGACAGUAAGGCUAUAUGGCGGUGUGGCAUGAUAUGAUUCAUCAGCCAGCCCAGCCAGCCCACCUACCUACCUCCCUACCUUUGUAGUCGACGAUAUCGAAGAAGCCAUCGUUGGGCAGGGUGCGGUCGAUGUUCCUGGGUGGAGGGAGGAUGCACAACACAAACAGACAUGCACAUGCCAUGCCCAUCUCGUAUCGUAGCUGGCCUGGCCGCAUUCGUACACCUAUUUGCGUGUUGGCACCUGUAUGCAGCCCCGCCCACUCGUGGUCUAGGGUCAAAACCACCUCCGCGAGCGUCCUCCCGACCGUCGAUGCACGGGUCAGCCUGAUCGAUCAGAUCAGCCAACAUUCGCAUCACAUCAAGGAUCAGCUGUGGGUGUCUGCGGCAUUAUUCUCAUGCAAAUAUGUGGAUACGUUUGCCAGUUGUGGGUCUUCUGAAAGGUAUGUGGGCUGCGGUGUGUAGUCGCCGUCCUCGUAGAUGGGCGAGUCGAUACGCCACAUGACGUUGAGCGGACUGAAGUACUGCACCGAUCAAGGAAGGAAGCAAGAAACCACACAAAAUGCAUCCAUCAUGCGGUGAGCCGUCCUUGGAUCUUGUGGAAGGUGUACCAGGUAGUCGGGAUGGCGGACGCUGUACGAUUGAGGCGACUCCUGAAACCAACGUGGCAGCAAUCCUCCCAUCCACACCUGUCCUCCUCGUUGUGGCCUGUGGCCGGCUACCUGGGUGAAGUUAGCGGCUCCGGAGGCCUCGAAGUGCUCAAAGUAGACUGCAGCGGGGCUGUCCUGUAUGAUAGUGUUCAGAAACUGCCCGCCGAUGCCCUCGCGAAAGUGGAUCAUCCGACGGUGCUUGACAUUCCGCUCGCACUCGGCCUCGGCACUGCCGGGGCCCAGCAAUGUCGCCUACACACAGAGGUGAAAGAGACGCACGCAGACACUCUGCUUGUGCUUCACUCGCUGUUGCCGUUCAUGUCCUCCUUACAUGGGAUAUGAUUGGGUGUGUCCGCGGCUGGGCAGCGUAACCGAUUUCAUCGUUGUUAUCCAUCUAAUACGCACACGACAUCCAGCAACACCAGUGCACCCCGUGGAUGUGUCUGCCGGUCCUGGUUCUCACCUCGAAUGCAUGGUCGAUGAGCACCUGGCUGCCCGUCUUGCCGUCCUUACACAAGACGACCAGAAUGAACUGCCCGCGGCCCUGGUAGCCUUCGUCGGUAUCGAUGCCGUCGUCACCCACACACAGCACCGACGCGUACUUGAAGUCCACGGUGCCGCCAAAGAACUGAACGACCGACCGGGAGACAAAGAGCCUCAAGGUGUGUCUAUCCAUCGGACAAAGUUUUGUUCUCGUUCGGUGUCACCUCGAGUCCGUCGUCGAGGUUGUAGGCCACUUCGAUGUGGUCGACUUUGGUCCCGCUGCCCACACCACCAAAUGUGAUGCCGUUGAUCUCGUUCCCCUCACCCAACUCUGGUGAACACAAACAGAGAAUGGGACUGACAGCUGAGCCUUCCGUUGACGACUGCGUACCAGCGCCGCCGUACCACACCCUGACAUAGUGCAGCUCUCCGCUGCUGUCAGAAGGGUCAUCCCCGCCGAACCUGACGUUGGGCACUCCCUCGAUCACAUCCCUGUCGCCCAUGUUGGUGGGGGCCCUGCAGCCAUCCAUCCAUCCAUCCAUCCAUCCAUCAGACAGACAGACAGACAGACAUAAGCUUAUCAUCCACACACCACACAUGGAAGGUAUGUCUGUCACGACGGACCUGCCGAGUAUGAUGAGUCCGCCCCAGAGUCCUCUGGCGGGCAGGACGCUCUCCUCCUGGUUCGAUGUGAAGGUGAUUGGAUCCGACACCGUACCCAUCGCCCUGAUCUUCCCACCAGGCUCGAUGAUCAGCGCCGGGGCAUACCUACCGUAGAUUUGCACCAGACCAGCACAAAUGACGGGCAUCGGCCGUGACGUGACAUGCAUCGUAUUCUUCCUUCCUUUUGUUUACCCUCUGCUCCCUAGUCGGUUGGCCCUGAUGAUCACACCUGAGGGAGGGAGGCACACAGGUCAGUGAGGUGGCAUGCAGCGCCUGAGAUCGAGGUGUGCUCAUCCAUCUGCCGAUGGAUGUUCUGCCCUGCCCUGCCCGACCUGCUUCGAUGGUGAGUGUGGCGGACUCCUUGACGAAGACUUGCUCCGCCAGCACAUACACAUUGUCAGCCGUCCAAGUGGUGUCAGCUACGUAUGGGGCAAAUCCAUGGGGAACAAAAGACGGAUCAUAGAAAUGGCAUGCAUCAUCCGGCCUGCUCCAGCAUCCAUGCAUGCCUUCGGCGCACCUGUGAUGUUCUCGCGCAGCGUCACCUCCUGCCCGCGACCUUUGACCACCAACAGCAGUGCCGCAGCGAUGAUGUACCAGAUCUUCAUUUCGAAGGACAAAAAGGGCGAGCCCCUCGCCAAGGUGUACCAGAUCUUCAUCAGAAAGAGAGAAAAAGGCAAU